CUUUGUCUUAAGAAUAUAGCCGGUACUGUAUUGUGUUUCGAAACGUGCAGCAGUAAGGACGUUUUAGUUCAGUUCUCGUUUUUUUGCAAUCGGGUGCAGUGUUUGUUUAUCAAUUUUCCAUAAUCACCAACUCAUUUGUCUCCAGUAUGACUCAUCUCCAUCUGCAAUUGGUUGGCCGGCGCUUCAAUGAGCUAGCUGAUAACUAUUUACGCCGGAUUAGCUGGAAUUCAGAAGCGACAGCCAACGCGCUGGUUCUACUGCAGCGUACGUUGCAAACCGUAUGCAGCAAGGAACAAUUUUACAGUUCUCGCAGUUUGAUCUUCAACGCACUCCAGUACGAGAAAGAUGUACUGCUUUUGCUGAAGCCGAUUACAUGUUGCGGGAAAUGUUUAUUAUAUGCGAGUUCGCUGAUUCAGCACUUGUUGAGCGACAACCACUCGGACGGUGUAUUGCAUGACGAGUCAAAGCGACUGAUUAUACUCUUCAAUCUGUACGUACAAGUAACGAACGAAAUUCUUGUCCGUUACGAUAAAAACUACGAGUCCAUCGAUCAGGCGGCGGUCGAGAAUCUGCGCAAGGCACAAGACUUCAUCAGCUGUAUUCUGCGUAAACCGAUCACUCGAGAGCCCGCGGUGGCUGGUCUGUUCGUCGGAACGCGCUUCAAGAAGUGGAAGGUAGUUUUUGAUUACACCUGUCACCCAUGCCAGAGCCAAGGCGUCGUCCGUUGUCGAAUAUUGGGCGCCAUCGCUUGGUACAACGUGCACGCCGAUUAUCUAGUAAGCAACCCGAUCUUGCAUGUAGGAAGCAAGUUACAUAUUGAGAGCCUUCGUAUGUUACCUUCUGAUCGAAUAAUCGCUUCCCGUUUAACCGAUGCUAACAAUAACCAGUGGUCAAAUGCUGCGUUAUAUUUGUUGAAUUUGCGACAAGUUGACUUGGAUAAAAAGUGCUCACUUGCGGAACAAGUGACAAAGAGCACUCGUUUCAGCGAGGUGGAAAGUUAUCUUACUGAACAGUUUGCAGCAUCUAUCGGCAGAAUUAAUGUUUAUUUUUUCGGAUCACGGGUACAGGGUGUUGCCCAGGUUGAUGCGGAUCUCGAUGUUUGCAUUAAAUCUUGUGCUGGCCAAGAGGAUAAGAUAACAUACAACAAGGCGGUUAAUUGGGCCAAGGCGCAUAGCUCAGAAGUGCAGAUUGAACGUCAAAUUCCACAACAACCACUAUUAUUACGAGUGCAUGUGAAUGCACUUGAUCAAACUUUAGAUUUAACCUUUGGCGGUGGAUAUGUUGUAGCAAACGCCAAACUGAUUUCGUACUACUUUAAUAUGCAACCAUUGGCUCGCAAAAUGUACUUUUGCUUGAAGGAAUGGAAAGCAUUAACGGAUAUUACAUCUCAAUUCCAUACUCAUGCUGUGACUAUGCUGAUUAUAUUUUUCAUGCAACAGAAGCAUUAUCUACCUGUGGUAGAAAAAGUUGUAAUAGGCCCGAUAGAUCAGAUGUUCGACGUAAAAUUUCGUCCAUCAGAAAACUUUCUACUAGACACACCACGCAGUUUGUUGAAUCUAAUUAAAGAUUUUUUCGCUUACUGGAACCAGUUCGAUUGGAUUCGAAACGGAAUCUGUGUGCUAAACGGUACGGUACAGGCUAAGGAAUCGUUCCGUUUCGCAACCGAUCGCAUAUCUGAGGCACCAAUGAUGUCUACAGACUACUUCGAUCAAACUCGCAAUACUUGCAGCAAUAUCAAGGUUGGUGACUUCCAAACUUUCCGAUUUGCUUGCAAUGAAGCAGUUGACGUCUUGAAGCAUAAGAAUUCAAUUUAAGAGAAAAAAAUGACAAGUAUGCUGCCCAGUUGAUAAAGAAAAAGUGAAUCUAAAUAUCUUUUUCUAUCGAUUUUUUGUAUGUUCAAUAAAACAUAUGAACCGUAUCUUAAUCCUAAAUAUCUAAGUUUGAGCCAGUGCUUUGUUUGACUUUCUUGAUUGUUACUAACUAUUGAUUAGAACAUUAGAACAUAACAUGUCGCAUUACUAAAUGAUGGAAUAAACCAUGCGUACACUGUUUGUGUACAUUUUCGUAUAUCUGAAAGACAGUAGAAGAGAGUUCCGUUUUGGCAAUUUGAUUACAAUGUU